AUGCCAAUUAAAAGGUCUAGAGCUACUCCUGAUUCUAAUCCUGCAACGGGGCGUGCGAGACCACUUUCAGCUUCUCUAAAUACAUACGGAAAACGUGGGAAAGAACGCGCCGGUGCAGAUACUGAACAAGAAGAUUCAAUGCAAAUUGAUAAAUCCAUGUCAAAUCACGAAAGUUCGCAGGAUUCAACCAGACAAGAAAUUCAAGAUUCGCAGGAUUCACAAAUAGAUUUUAUACAAGAAAAUUUUAAUAGAGUAACAGUACGAGGUGACUCACUCGCAUCACCUCGUGCUCCUAAAUACCGUAGUAAAUUUGCCAUAGACGUCCAAACCCCUACAAUUAUUGAUCGUGGUUCAGAAGCUACUUCUGUUCUUGUUAUGGGAAAUAAUGAUGUAGGGCAGUUGGGCUUAGUUGAUAUAGAAGAAGCUUCAAAACCUGUUCGUAUUCCAAAUCUUGAUAAAUUCAAGAUAGUGGACAUUAGCGUGGGAUGUCUUCACACCGUUGCUUUGACUCGUGAUGGAAAGGUUGUCACUUGGGGAUGCAACGAUCAUGGAGCAUUGGGGCGAGUCACGACUGACGAAGAAGACAAAGAAUUACCACCAAAUGUAGGUAGAGAGAACGUACCUGACUACGCACAAGGUCUUGAUGAUGUUACAAUAGUAAAAGUGGCAUGUGGUGGCAGCAUUACAUUGGCCUUAUCAGAUGAUGGUCAGUUGUAUAUGGCUGGAACAUUCAAGGACAAAAAUGGCGUUUUGGGAUUUUCCGCCAAGGAAAAAAAACUUCUUCAACAAUCGACGUUUAUAAGAUACGAUUCAACUACCAAAUUCAAGAUCGCUGAUAUAGCAACUGGAACGGAUCAUGCAUUAUUGUUAACGACUGAGGGUUUCUUAUAUGCUUGGGGAAGCGGAGAUGCCCAUCAACUUGGAAGAAGAGUUUUAGCGCGUCAUGUUCGAGAUGGCUUGAAUCCUGAGAAAAUCGCUGUCAAAGGCAUUGAGAAAAUCUUUGCAGGUGCAUAUCAUAGCUUUGCAGUUGCAGAAAAUGGACCUGUUUAUGCUUGGGGUAUGAACAACUAUGGCCAAUGCGGAAUAGAAACACGUGAUGAAUUUAUCAGGCAACCAAUAAAAAUAGAUUUCUUCAAAGAUUUACCAAAAGUACAACAAAUUGCAGCGGGAGAACACCAUUCGUUGGUACUCUUAGAUGAUGGGUCGAUAUAUAGUUUUGGCCGAGCUGAUUAUGGACAAUUAGGAAUAGGUGACGCUAUUGAUAAAGACGAUGAUGAUAAAAUCAAACGACAAAAAAUAGGUCAAAAAGUUGUCACACCAACUAAAAUUAAGAACCUUGCUCCAUGUACUUUCAUUGCAACUGGUGACCAUCAUUCCAUUGCAGUUAGUAGUAUUGGUGGUGAUAAAGUAUUUACAUGGGGAUUUGGAGAGUCAUACGCGUUAGGAGGUGGUGAAGAAGAUAAAAAAGAACCAUAUCUCGUAGUCGGUAAAAAUCUUACAGGACGAUCCAUCUUAGCAAUUGGUGGAGGUUCUCAACAUACUGUAAUAUUAAUUCAGUGA